GCAUAAAUGGGCUUGGCCCUUCAUGGAGCCUGUAGAUGUUGAAGGUCUUGGGCUGCAUGACUAUAAUGAGAUUAUUGAAAAGCCUAUGGAUUUCAGUACGGUAAAAAGAAAAAUGGAUUCGAAGGAUGGUUCUGGUUAUCAGAACGUGCGUGAGAUAUAUGCUGAUGUCAGGUUGAUUUUUAAGAAUGCAAUGAAAUACAACGAUGAAAAACAUGACAUCCACACUAUGGCAAAGACAUUGCUGGAAAAAUUUGAGAAGAAAUGGUUGCAGCUAUUGCCUAAAGUUGCUCAGGCGGAAAAUGAACAAGUGAAGGAAGAAGCACGGGUGCAGUUGGAAAUGAAGCUUGCUAGAGAGGCUUCUUAUGCCAAUACGGCAAAGGAUAUAAGCCUUGCGCUGUGCAAUAUUGAUGCCACCUUAGAGAAUUUCAAAGAAAUGGUGAUUCAAAAGUGCAGGAAAAUAUCAACUCAUGAGAAAGUGACACUUAUGAGGUCUCUCCCUAGACUUUCUCUUGAAAACCUCUCCAAGGCAAUGCAGAUAAUUUCUGAGAAUGACCCUACCUUCCAACCUUAUGCUCAAGAAGUGAACCUUGACCUUGAUCUUCAGAGUGACUACACAGUGUGGAGACUAAACGUUUUUGUCAGAAAAGCACUGAAAGAGCAGGAAAUAAAUGCUGAAGAGAUACCUGUUAACCACAAUGACUACAAAGAGGACAAGAAAAACACCACCAAAAGGAGGAAAGUGUGA